CGAGGGAAGUAAAGGGGGGGGGGGGGAAAUUGAAGAAGCGAGAGAAACUGACUGAUUGACAGCUUCUUCAUCGCCGGACCGGCUCUCCAAAACACCCGGCCCCGAACCGCAUCCGCCGCCUUUAUCGACACAUUUCCCGCGGCGUCUUUUCUUCUGAGGGAAUCGGGAGAAACAGAAAGCGGAGAAACAGCGGACGCCGAGGAGGUGGCUGGUUCUGAGGGUGAUCCAGGCCGUGCCAGACUCGAUGAAUUUCCAUUGAAAUGUCCGAGAGGUCAGGCCAGAGCACAAAGGCAAAGGAUGGGAAAACUAAGUAUGCGACACUCAACCUGUUUAACACGUACAAGGGGAAGUCGAUAGAGACUCAGAAAAAUUCAGUUGCGGCACGCCAUGGAUUGCAGAGCCUGGGAAAAGUGGCCAGCUCACGACGCAUACCACCGCCUGCCAAUCUUCCGAGCCUCAAAGCAGAGAACAAGGGAAAUGAUCCCAAUGUGAAUAUCAUACCAAAGGAUGGAUCAGGAUGGGUCACCAAAUCUGAACAGCAAGAGGAGAGUAACAGUACCACUGAAGCCCAAGUACAAGAAUCACAGCAGCCCAGUUCAGAACCCCCAGCUCCAAGCAUACCGGAGGUACCUGUUGUGAAAUCCUGGGCCCAGACCAAUAACAAGCACACUGGACAAGGAGAUGGAAACCAAUGCUUAAACACUCACUUUCAACAUGAGUUCCCCAGCCUGCAGGCAGCUGGAGAUCAAAAGGAAUUACCAGAUGAGGCUUAUGGACCUGGACCUAGCUUGCGUCCACAAAAUGUUGCUUGUUGGCGAGAUGGUGGCGGGAAAACUCUUCCCAUUAUGCCUGGUGGAUCCCUGGAUCAAGAUGGGAAGCCUUGUACUUUAGAAGAUGGAGGGACUGUCACACCAGAACUGAGUGAUAGCCACAAAGGUCUUGAUAAGCGGGAUGGACGGGAAAAACCAUCAUUGCCACUCACUAAGAUAAAUGGACAGCUGAUUAUUCCACCUGCGCCACAAUUUAGAGGAAUAAUGCCACCUUAUAUGUCUCACACAUCUAAAAUACAGUUUCCACAUCGGCUACCAUAUCCAGCACCAAGUACCAAGAACCAAAGUAGUUCCUUGAGGCAACAGCAUUCUCAAUGGUGUCUUGACCUUCAUGAGCGACCUUCCAUUAUUAGCGCAAAUGAAUUGAAGGAGCUCGAUAACCUGGACACAGAAACUGAUGAUGGCUGGGCAGGAGCACAGUCUGAGGUGGAUUAUACAGAGAAACUAAAUUUUAGUGAUGAGGAUGAGGGAGCAUCCAUGCAGAAAGAAGAUGAUGAAAGCAGUGGUGACAGGGGUGAGCAAAUCAGUAAAGCUGAACGCCUUGGAUCAAAAACUUCAGAGAGUUCUGAUGGCCAAAAAGAAAUCAAUGAGUGUCCCAGCAAUAAAGGUUCAUCAGAUGAGAGUGCAGUAUUGCAGGCAGCUCCACAGUCACCAAACAAGAGCUCUUCCACCAGAGGCCUACAGACUGAUCGUCAGGAUUUGGGACGGACAUCAGUGCAACCUGUGGCACGUGAAUUGCGUGGACUAGGAAGUGUUUCUGUUAAUCAGAAACCAGCUUCCCAGCACCCACCUCCAAAUCGUCAGAUUGGACCUGGAAAAUAUGCUACUACCAAACCUUUAUUACCAAGUGAAGGUGAUGAAGCUUGGAGACAAAGAAGGAAACCAUCAAUGUCUGAUGUUUCAGCAGCUGUUGAAAGAGCUAGAAAACGGCGUGAGGAAGAAGAGCGACGCAUGGAGGAGCAACGUUUGGCAGCCUGCGCAGAAAAGUUGAAGAAACUUGACGAAAAGUAUGGAACUCAGUCAAAAGAGAGAAAGGAAAAAGCAAAAGAGAAGGAAAAGGCAAAGGGAAACGAGAGAGAAAACAUCAAGGAAAUAGAGAAGGAAAAUGCAAAGGGAAAUGAGAAUGAAAAAGCAAAGGAGAAAGAAAAUGAGAAUGAAAAAGAAAAGAAAGAAACUGAGAAAGAACAGGAGAAGGAACAAGAACAGGAAAUUGUGAAGGAACAGCCAGAGGAAAUGGAAAAAGAACAGGAGAAGGAGAAAGAAGAGGAGAAACAACAAGGACAAGAAGAGGAGAAGGCGAAAGAACAAGAAAAGGAAAAUGGGGAAGAGCUAGAACAGGAGCAAAAACAAGAACUGGAAAAGGAGAAGGAAAAUGAAAACGAAAAUGAGCAGGAGGUGGAAAAGAGCGAGGAAGAACCACAGAGCGAGUUUGAUGAUUUCAAAUUCCAAAAAGCAGAAGAUGAUGCUUCUCAGCCUGUCGUUCAACUGGACAGUACUUUCAACGAGAAGGAGGUUGCUCAAACACCAAAUGACAUCGAUGGUGAUUUGGGGUCCCAAACACGGCCUGCUGUUCCCACCGGUUACUCAAAGCAGUUUCAGAAGUCAUUGCCACCUCGAUUCCAGCGACAACAGGAACAGAUGAUGAAGCAACAGCAAUGGCAGCAGCAACCGCCAGGCGUUCAUCAGCAACAAACGCAGCCCCAAACUCCAGCCCAGCCUCAAACCCAAGCCCAGGCCCAGCCUCAGCCAUCUGGAACACCGGUGCCUCCACCACAGCACAGGCCCUUAUACCAGACUCCCCUAGCCCCACCUCAUCACCAGCACUUGGCUUCCAUGGGAUUUGAUCCACGUUGGAUUAUGAUGCAGUCCUACAUGGAUCCACGUAUGAUGUCUGGAAGACCACCAAUGGACAUGACACAGAUGCACCCUGGUAUGAUGCCAACAAAACUAAUGAGAAGAGAUCAGAUGGAUAAUUCUGGUUCAGGGUCUGAAUCAUUUGACCAUCUGUCACGACCAGCCAGGGAUCAUACUAUUCAGUCCACAGAGCCUCGAAUGGUGUGGAACUCAGAACCUUAUCCUCAUACAGAACCACAGCAAGCUACUACCCCUCCAGUAAUAGUGGAAGAAUCGAAAGAUUCAAGGUCUGAGGUGACUAUUGAACAAGAGAGAAAGACAUCUGGUUACUCAACAGAAAAGAGACAAUUAUCACCACAUUUGAAUCUGUUGAACCAGGAACUUUUCAGGGAAAAGACAGAUGAAGAAAAGGGAAAGUUUACAAGCAAAUCACUGGAAGAUAUUCAGCCUGUUCACACAGACAAAGUGGCUGACACUGUGAACUUGGAAUCUGUAGAUUCGGCUGUGACACGGGGCUCACAGGAGGAACCUGUCUUACAGGCAGAAACUCGAACAGUCUUAAAGAGAAGUCUAUCCCAUGGGUCAAACCAUUCACUGAAGUUGGAGGAUCAGAAGGGUGAUUCUCUCCCAGUUGUAAUUAAAAUACAAAAUCGGUCUACUGAAACAAAAGAUCAGCAAGACAAGCCAGAAGAAAAAUCAAAAAAAGAAAACAAACCAUUUGAGGGAAUGAAGAAUGAAAAGCAAUUUAGAAGAGAGUCCAGGUAUGAUACACGUUGGGGUCCUAGACCAGGAUCUAGUAGGAGAGAUGAAGGCUACAUGAGGCCAGUGCGACGUUCUGGCCCAAUCAAAAAGCCUGUGCUAAGAGAUAUGAAAGAAGAACGUGAACAAAGAAAGGAAAAAGAGGAACGUCAUUCCAUUCCAAUCAAAGGUAAUAAAGUUGCAAAAACUGAAAAGAAAGAACCAUCUCAGUCAAUCAAAAACAUCAACAAACCCGAAUCUGAAAAGUCUCUUCCUGACAAUUCUGCGCCAAUAGUUAAAAAGGCAUGCCAGGAUGUAAAGCCAUUAAUAGAUAAAAGUGAGACACAUCCACCAGUCACGGGAGUUAGCAAAACUAUAAGCAAUCAAGCUACUUCAGCCCCAGCACCAAAAGAUGAGAAGCAAGAGAAACCACAUGCUAAGAAUCAGAUCUCAGAUAGGCAGCGUAUUGAUAACAGAUUUCCUGUCAGGCGGGAUCCUGGUUUACCCCCACGUAACUAUCGGAAAGAAGUUAGGGAGCAACGUGACUGGUUUCCUGACCAGGGAUAUAGGGGAAGAGGCCGUGGAGAAUUUUAUUCUCGAGGGCGCAGCUUUAGAGGCUCCUAUAAUGGCCGUGGACGUGGAGGAAGAGGCCGCAGCAGAGAGUACCCUCGUUACCGGGAGCCAAGGCAGAGGUCAGAGCAUGUGACAAGUGUACCUUCAUUUAGGCAAAGGGAAGAAAGUGAAACUCGAAGUGAAAGCUCUGAUUUUGAAGAGAUUCCUAAACGCCGCAGACAACAUGGCUCUGAAACAGAUUCUGACACUGAAGCUCAUGAAAGUGCAAGUGAUACAAUUUCUGACAAAGAAAAUCCAGCUAAAGGGAAACGCCUGAAGAAAGAAGGUCGUCCAGAGAAUAAACCCAUUCAAAAGUCCUUUAGAUCUGAAAGUAACUUUAAAGUUGAUAACAGGUCAGCUGAAAAGCCACCCUUAAAAGAGGAUGACAAGCCGAAACCUGGAUUUCUUCCUAGAGGUGAACCCUCAAGACGUGGAAGGGGAGGAAUGUUUAGAGGAGGUGGUAGGGGUGCUGGAGGCCGUGGUGGUUCAAGAUCUGCACCACUGAGGAAGCCAGGGCCUUCUAAUUCAGUGUGGCCUCCAAGGUUAGAGACUUCCAGAAGAGAUGAUGGGGAAACAAAAAAGCUGGACCAUUUUGAAACGCUUCCUUUUGAUAGGAGACAUGUUAAAUCAGAGCGUAAAUUUGACCAUAGUCGGGAACGACUUCGUAAGCAAAGACCCACACGGCCACCAAGACAAGACAAACCACCAAGAUUCAGGCGUUUGAGAGAGAGAGAAGCUGCAGCUAAAGUGAAUGAAACUGUUGCAACUGUAGUGACAAAUGUAAACCCCAGUGGUAGUGUGCAGGAGCACUCACACUCCCUAGAUGUGGCUGGGAGCAAGUCUCCAGAUUUAUCCAAUCAGAAUUCUUCAGAUCAGGCCAACGAAGAAUGGGAGACUGCUUCUGAAAGCAGUGACUUCAACGAAAGGCGUGAAAGAGAUGAAAAGAAAAUGGUGGAUGUCAACUUGCAGGCUUCAACAAAGUCUGGAGAAAGUGGUCUCCUUCCGAAGAGGGAUGCUGCAAAGAGAAGUUUCUCUAGCCAGCGUCCAGGUGCAGAUCGACAGAAUCGUAGAAGCAACAGUGGAACAAGCAAGCUGAACAGAAAUUAUUCUGGGAGUAAGAACGAAAGACGCAGUGGACUGUCAUCAAAGCCUGGUAGAAGGGGGCCUUUUGAAGAGAGAACAGCAAUGAUUGGUAUUGAUCCCACCAGCAGUAACAUGGCUCAUCACCCAGGGGAAAGUAGCAACACAGGCACAGCUCCAAAGCCUACUAAAGAUGCAACUGGAAAGAAAAGAGAAGAAUCCAAAUCAACGAAGAAACCAAAAGAGAAGCCUGAUGCUCUGUCACAGUUUGAUUUGAAUAACUAUGCUAGUGUGGUGAUCAUUGAUGAUCACCCAGAGGUGACAACUGUUGAAGACUCACAGUGCAACACAACUGAUGAUGGAUUUACUGAAGUUGUGUCAAAGAAACAACAGAAACGUCUACAAGAUGAAGAGCGCAGAAAAAAGGAGGAGCAAGUUGUACAGAACUGGAACAAAAAGAAUGUGAAUGAGAAGGGGAGAGGCCAGAAUUCGAAGCUGCCUCCACGAUUUGCAAAAAAGCAGCAACAGGCAGCCCAGCAAACUCAAGUGCAGACACCAACUUCAGUCCAGUCGCAAGUUCAACCCCAGCAACAGCCUGGGACUCUGACUACUGCUACAGUUCCAACUCAAGAUCCAGCACAAAUUCCAGUCGCUACCCCAACAGCAUCUCCAACUGAGACUCCCAUUACAGCUCAAGAGCAAUCCAAGGUGCAAGGAGGAAGCUGUGCAUCAGGAAAUAACACAGAGUGUUCAGUUUCAGGCAAGGCAGUGGCUCCUUCACCGACACAAAGCACAUCAGAAGCAGAGCUGUGGGACAACAAAAUGAGCUCAUCUGCUGUCCUUUCUGAUAUCACCACAAAAUUGGGACCCAUUAGUCCUCCACAGCCUCCACCUGUCAGUGCUUGGAAUAAGCCCUUGACUUCUUUUGGAUCUUCCCCAACACCUGAGGGAACAGCUUCUAGUCAGGAGGGUGGAAUUGAGCUUGCCAUUGAUUCAGGUCAGUUGGCUGCACCAAAAAGUAGCACCACCGCCAGCACCACCACAACAGCCACAACCACCACCACUACUGCUACAGCUGUUGCAGAGUGUGAAGUGACCCUAACGGAAAAAGCAGCUGAGAAUAAGUUACUAGAGCCAAAAGAACAGAGACAGAAGCAGCCUCGUGCAGGUCCAAUCAAAGCACAAAAGCUCCCAGAUUUGAGCCCGGUGGAUAACAAAGAACAUAAACCCGGUCCCAUUGGUAAGGAACGCUCGAUGAAAAACAGGAAAGCCAAAGACGUACAGCAAACAGAAACAGAAGGAAAAGACGAGUCUCCACCUGCUACCGUCGGGAGCCCAGAGCCUGCAGUAACACAGGAGCCUAAGGUGGUAACUGAAUUGAGCACGGAAACAAAGACUAUGAUCUCUGUGCCAACACCAGAAUUUGAGGAAAAUUCAAAGGAAUCCUUGACUGAUUACACAGCGCCUUCCUCAUCACUGCCAGAUUCUGUCUCAUCUGGCAGUAGCAAAAUAGAGGAUUCCCUGGUCAGCAAUAUGGAAUGUGCACGAAAGGCUUGGGAGAAUUCACCAACAGUAGGAGACAAAAGCUCUCCAGUGACCUCUACAGCAUCACCAAUCAACAGUGGUAAUGGAGGAAGCAGUAACACUUACAGUUCCUUCUCCAGUGCUUCCAUGCCUCCUAUUCCAGUAGCCUCAGUCACACCCACUACAUCCUUGACAGGAACAGGGACAUAUACUACCUCCUCGCUGAGUACAAAAGCAACCACCACCUCCGAUCCACCCAAUAUUUGUAAAGUAAAACCUCAGCAACUGCAAAACAGUAACAUAGCCCCUGCAAGCCAUUUCUCGCAGCUAGGCUGUGUAACAUCACUCAUCCCCCCGCAACAACAAAGUCCACAGGUGUAUGUCUCCCAAUCUGCAGCAGGGCCUGCAGGACAGAUCCCAACCUUCUAUAUGGAUACCAGCCAUUUGUUCAGUGCACAGCAUCCCCGCUUGGCUCCCCCAUCUCUGGCACAGCAACAAGGCUUCCAGACAGGCCCUUCACAACCAACUGCAGUUCAACAGAUCUCAAUACCUAUAUAUGCACCAAUUCCAGGUCAGCCACAGGCUCAGCUGAGCUUAGGAGGGGGCCCUUCUGUCUCACAGGCCCAAGAAAUGUUCAACACAUCCUUGCAGCCUUUUAGGACCCAACAGGCUUUCAUGCAAAACAACCUCUCUCAGCCAUCCCCUGUAGUUCUGUCGGGUACAGCUUUACACAACUUUUCUGCAGUUCAAGCCCAAGACCUAGCUAAAGCUCAAUCUGGCCUGGCAUUUCAACAGACUUCCAAUGCACAACCCAUUCCUAUCCUUUAUGAGCAUUCAUUAAAUCAGGCGUCAGGUCUUGCUGGUUCUCAACUUAUUGAUACCCAUCUGAUACAGGGGAACUCUAAUCAGUGGCAUGUGCAGGGUCUGAGAACAGGAGAAGCCGAGGCAGGCAACUACAAUAUAUGCUACCAUACCUUUCAACAUUAUCAUAGGAAAGCGAGGCCGGGUCUUACUCAGCCAUCCAACCUUUACACAGGUCAGGUUCAGCAACCUGGCCAAAGUAACUACUACAGUACAGCACAGUCACCCAAUGCGGCUCUUCAACAGGUGACUUUACCCCUUCCAGGUUCACAGCUUUCCUUACCUAACUUUGGAUCUGCAGGACAACCCUUGAUUGCUUUACCCCAAUCCCUACAACCUCUACACACUCCAGCACAGGCACAGCCUCACAACCUGAGUAGGCCAACACAGAUCAACCAACCCUUUAGGGGUCUAAUUGCAACAGGAGCACAGGCUGGUAUGAUUCCUACAGCAGGCAAGAUGCCUGAGAUGGAUCUAAAACCUUAUGGAUGUAGUGUAGAUGUAAAACCAGGAACACCACCAAUCAGUGUACGAAGUAUCACACCAACCUCCAGCCCAUUCAGAGCCAGUUCUACAAGUCCAAACAGCCAAUCCAGCAAGAUAAACAAUAUGGUCUAUCAGAAACAAUUUUCCUCUGCAGCAGGGGUUCGGAUUGCACAGCCAUUCCCAGCACAAUUCCCACCACAGAUGCUUUCCCAACCUAACCUGGUCCCUCCAUUGGUAAGACCUCAUGGAAAUACUUUUUCAGCUCCUGUUCAGAGGCCUCCAAUGCCCCUGGCAAAUCAGAUGCAACCUCAAAUGACCACAGGUAUCAUCUGCCAUACUCGUCCUCAGCAUACACCAAGGGUUCCUUCAGGACCUACACAGGGGAUCCGUGGAAACCAGGCCCAAGCUGCAAUGAUGGCUGAACAGGAUUUGAAGGCUAAGCAGCGUGCUGAGGUACUACAGUCCACACACAAGUUCUUCUCUGAUCAGCAGCAACAGCAAAUCAAACAGCCAAUGAGCAAAGCUCACAAAAAUGACAGCAAUGGUAGUAAACCGACUGAGAGCGGAACAAGCGUUACAAGCACUAGAGAGGAGAAGGUGGAAGAAAAACCCAAUUCAAGUCAGGCUCCCAUGUCAAAACCCGUUCGAACUGGACCAAUCAAACCUCAGGCAGUUAAAACAGAAGAAACGAAAUCCUAAAUUGCUGAUAGAACAGAGUAGAUGUUCUAAACAUCCUUGGGGUGUAAUGAGAGCUCUUCUCUGUGAGAUAAGAGCAGAAAAAUAGAGCUCAAAACAUGAAAUUUCUUUUAUAACAAAGAAGUGAGAUGUGAAGUAGUUAAGUGAAAGCUGAACUAUCUUGAAAUAUGCAGAAUCAGAUAGAUCAUUAUUUUGAGCAACAGUAAAGCCCAGAUGUGUAAACUAAUCCUAUGAUGAACAUUAGUGUUGACUUUUGAAUCUUGAAAAUUUGAAAAGGCAAUGUCUGACUUGUGUGGCAUUUCUUUUCCUUGAGAUAAUCACUGAAAUUAGGUAAGAUUGGCCAGGCCGGUGAAUGGAGGCUGACCAGUUUUACACUUUUUAAGACAAUUUAAUAAUCCUCUUGUUAAAAUGUAUCAUUUAAAUUUUUUUGUAAACUUAAUUACAGUAAAGACUACAGUGAUUCACCUGUGACUGAGUUAAGCUCCCUUUUUGAGCCUAUUAAAUUCCAAUUGUGUUUAUGCAUACACCAUUUUAAUCACAAGUCUAAUAUUGCCUUUUUUGAUUGUAUGCUAGUAUUAUAGUUGUAGGAUGUACUGUAUUAUACUAUGUGAAUGUAAGAUAUCUUGUCUAUCUGCUUAUGAUCAAUCAUUAAUUAGUGACUGUGCUAGCAACACAGCUGUUUUUAUUACAGAAAACUUACCCAGGUUUGAUACAAAUAAGACACUGAUGAAGGUACAAAACAAUAGAAAAUUGCUGUUAUUGGUAUUCUGAAACCUUGGCACAAAGCGUGAGCUAAAAGAUUGAUUUAUUGAUGUGUAUAUUUUUGUCACAUGGCUGGGGUGGCACUGGGAAAGCUACACUGCUGAAAAGGCUGCUUAUCAGUAAAGUGUUUUGGCAGUCAAUUUUAUUUGCUUACUUUGAAAAUUCAGCUGUGAUGUCUGACUUUUGAGAUUUGUAUUCCACCUGUACUGUGUAUUCGUUUGGCAUUGUACAGAAGUUAACAGCCAUAUUGGUAUAGAAAUAUUAUACUUUAAUUUUUUCAUUUGUACAGGGUUAACGCACUAUUAAAUAUGUACGAUCUUAUUUACGAUUAAUUUGGUUUGGUUACCUAACUAAUAAAAAUAUGCUCAAA